AUGAUGAUCAGUAGACCAUUAGUACCAAACCGACGAUUUAAUCAAAAUCGACCAAGAAGUCGUUCAAAUGGUUCCACUCCAACUCCAAGAAGAAGUCGAUCUGGACAACGACGCAUUCCGCGACCUCUACGAUUAAAUGAUUUUAUGCCAUCAGAGUUACGAGAUAAUUCACCAAAUGCACAAUAUCUUGCUUCAAAUUUCAACUUGGCUACUACUACUACUACUACAGAUGCUGCACCUGCUGAUGCAUUACCACAACGUCAACGUUUUACAUCAACGGCAGCUAGUAAUACUGAUACUACUCAACCAUUUGCCAUCAGUGAUCAGGCAAAUGGUGCAAAUCAACAACAGCAACAACAACAACGAACAAAUAAUGGUCAACGUCAAAGAACUACUACAGCAGCACACAGACGUCGUCAACGUCGUAAUCAUCAACAGCAAUAUCAGCAACANAUAGAAAUACAAUCAUUGAUUUUUCUUCUGUAA